GCCCAGGGUCACACAGCUAUUAAGUGUCAAGUGUCUCAGGCCGGAUUUGAACUCAGGUUCUUCCUCCAGGGCAAAAAGUCUGACAAGUUGAGUUGUUAGAGCUUGGCCCAGGCAAAUUAUGUCAGGUCAUUCCAGAUCUUGUCCAAUGCUCUGAUGUCGGCACAGAAUCCUCAAGCAUUGGUGGAAGUAGCUCAGAAGACCCUGGGUGUGGGGAAAAGAAGAGGUCCUCCCCGAUCAGUCUGCCUACACCUAGCUGGAGAGGUCAGAGCUGUGGCCCAGGGGCUGAAGCCAGCAGUACUGUAUGAUUGCAAUGCUGCAGGGGCUGACCAGGUUCAGAGAUAUGUGGGAGAGCUACAGAGGCUGGGCCUCUUGCCCCAGGCACUGCACAUUCUGGAAUUGGGGGAAAACAUCCUGAUUGUCAAUCCUGGACAAGCAUGUCAGCACAUACAGCAGGUGCUGCUCAGCCCUAUGACCUUCUUUGUGGAUAUUUCAAGCUUCAGAUCUCACCCUGCCCUCUGCCCACUUGAUGAGCUUGGAGACUUGAAGGACCACUUGGCUGAGCUCAUGACCCACUUACAGAGCCUGGAAAGGAAUCCCUUCUUGCCCAUCUCCCGAAGUGAGCUCUCUUCUGCUGGCUGGAAUCUUUGCACAGUAUUUGGGAUUCUCCUGGGCUAUCCUGUUCCCUAUUUUUUCCACCUAGCCCAAGGGGACAGCAAUUGCUUGGCCCUGAUCCCACUGCGUGUAUUUACUGCUCGAACUUCAUGCUGUUGGCUCACAGACCUCCCUCAGAUUCAGCUCUAUUCUUUCAGUGUCCCAGAGAGCUUGUACCCAGCCCUGAAAGACAUGCUAGAUGUAUGGGUGGAGGACCUCAGGGCUCGAUAUGGGGCUCAGGGUGAUUUUGCUGACCUUACCAUUUCCACUGAAGUUGUCACAUUGCCUUCAGUGGUGCUGUGAUUCUGAUCUACCUGCUAGGCACUCGAUAAAUGGUGGACUAUUAGCUGUGUGAUCAUAGGCAAGACCCUUAGCAUCUCUGAAUGUGAGUCCUUAUCUGUAAAAUGAGAGGAGUAAUACUUACUUGCACUGCCUACCUCACAAAGUGGUUGUGAGGAAAAAUGUGGUGUUCUAAUUAUGAAGUGUGGACACUCUAAGAAGGCUAGGCCAUGAUGGCAGGCACUUUCUUUGAUGUCUUGUUUCCUGUCCAGCAAAAAAAGGGCAGGAAUGAUGGAGAUGGUGGGGAGUGGGUUAUCUCUUCUGGGGAGAACAGUUUUUGACCCAAGAUACUUUGCUGUUUUUUAUAGUGACCUUGCAAAGAACAAACUACAAAUUCUACCUGUUGUUUGCUUUUUUGUGUGACCUCUGGGUCAAAACUGAAUAAAUCAAAGGUUUCUUCCAUGGGACAGCUGCAGUGUCCCGUCCCUCCCACCCCCAUGCCUCCAGUAUUCCCUUCUUUAGGCUAAACAUCUCCAGUUUUUGUUUUUUAAGCAAUCCUUAUUUGGUGUGAAUAAAAGGCCCUUCACCAUUCUAGUAUCCCUUUGGACGCUUUCCAACUUGGUAAAGACCUUAAAAUGUG